AUUCGUUUUUUCUUUUGGGGGUGCUCCUCCUAUUGACAACGAACAGUGAGUCACCAACAGGUUUUGGUUAUGGUUUUCUCAUGUAGUUGAGGACACGGAAGAACUGAGCAGCGCCGUCUUAAGAGGGUGUAAUUUCUUAUGAUGAGAGCAACACUGCUGGUGGGACCGAUGCAGCUCAUGCCUCGAUGCCUUUGUUAUUUGAAGAAACUCAAACUGGUUGUGAUGUCCUCACAGUGCUGAGCUUUGAGCAGCUGAAGCUGUCCUGUGUUGUUCUUCUUCUUUACCUUCUUUGCACAAACAAGUAAAACCAUGUCGGUUCAUCUUAGUUGCAGGAACAGCUGCGUGCAGGCUCAGGCAGGUGGAUUUGUAAAAUCCAUUCCAACAGUACGACAUCACCCUAGAGAUAGCUCGUGGAGGCUGCUGCACCAUGGUCGCCCACGAGCGCAGUCUUCCUCUUCCACGGUAGUACCUGACUUCACAUCUUCAUCAUCUCGUUGCAACUUUUACUCUACAAGACCAACAUCAACACUGCUGUUGUGCCGACAAUUUUCUGCAUCGACAUCGCGACCAGUAGUUGUAGGACAAGCGACAAAAAAAGCUUCCGAACAAGAAAGCGACCGCAUCACGAAAGCAAAUACAACAAGCCGAAAUGGCGCUCCCCGAGGCGCGUUGCCACUGUUUCUCUGCAGCAUCGGUUGUGGAAUGUUUCUGAAGAAGAAUUUUUUGGACGAUGUUGAAAACGCGGAAGACGCUGUGCCGCGAUAUUUCUACUCGUAGCAAGGAAUGCAGGAAGAGGAAUGGUCGUUCUCAGAAAUAAACCAAGCAGAAAGGAUCACAUUCUUGAGGACGCAGCAGCGUAUCAUGGGCACGUUUGAAAUUUUACGAAAAUGGCAGAACGCGCCGGCGGACCCUGCGGUGGUCCUGGCUCGACGAUGACGAAAAUAAUCAUGUUUCGCCGUCCUCGCAGUCACAAGUAGAUCGGCACCUACUCCGAGGAGCAAGGGAAUAAUUUCGGGAACAGCUGCGCAGUACGUCAUGGCCGAUCAACAAAAUAACGAAGCGAAAUAAACAUAAAGCUAGACAUUACAGGAGUCAAAAUCAUGGCGUCUAUGAUCACGUUAAGAUCUACCUCCAAGUUCCGGAUAGGACCAUGUGGCGACGCGUUC